AGGUCAAGUGUUGAAUGGAUGGUUCCCCUGUCGGGUGGGUAUUUCCCGACCGCCUCAGUGUGUAAAUUUUCGGGGUUUCCCUACCGAUUCCCUACAUUCCAACAACCAACCAUUAUCCGGUCUCUCGCCGGUCUAUGCAUCAUGUUUCGGUGUCCACAUUGUGACAAGAGCUACCAGAGGAAGACACAUUUGAUUCGUCAUGAAGCUACGCAUAAACAGCAGCUCUCUUCAAGCUGUCCGUUUUGCGGGAAAUCAUUCUUGAAAACAGAGGUCACCCGAAGACAUGCCAAAGCAUGCGCGAAGAAACACAACCGGCCCGUCCCAGAAGCUGGGAAGGCAGGGAGGAAACGCCAGUCGUGCGACUCGUGCUUCGAGGCAAAGGCGGCAUGUGAUAAGAAAUCGCCAUGUUCACGUUGUUUGUCCCUUGGACGACCAUGCACUUUCGUGGCCCAGCCAUCGCCUUCCCCGGGGGCGACGUGCUCUGGCGCUUCGUCGCCUUCGUCGCCUUCACCAUCUGCAGCAGCAACCUCUCUACCUUCAGCACGGCGCGAUGGACCUUUUUCUUUCCUUCGCCACUUCGCCAAUCCAUCCGUUCAGAAGGACAGACUGGCAAUUGGAGAGACCGGAAAACAUUCUACGCCAAGGAAUCUCGCAACGCUCUAUUCUCACAUUGAGGAUGCGCUUAUCCCUAGUAACCCGCUGUCAGCGUUUCUUGGGUUUGGUGAAUAUCCAUCGAAUCCGUUAUCCGGAGACGACGGAUUCCUCUCCGAUUACUUGUCUGACGCCCUUUUCCCAUCAAAACUCUCCAACCAAUUGACAGAAAUCACUUCAGAAUUGGUCGAAACGUCUAAAUCUAUGAGGCUGGACAGUGAUAACCCGGAGUUGGACAUUAUGCAACUUUCGGCUGUCUUUGGAGUUUCCAACAUCUCGAGCUUCAUAUCCGUGUUCUUUCAUGCCUUCCAUUGGCAUUUACCUAUCGUCCAUUCUCCCAGCUUUGAUCCUGGCACGGUUUCAAAUCCCCUUUUACUUGCGAUCUUUCUUGCUGGUGCAGCAUACAGCACAGCCAUGGAUGAUGCUACUACAUCUUCAUCUUCUUGGAUCAUUGAUGUCGCGGAGGAGUACAUCUUUCGACAGGUCUCACACCUGUCGAUAGUCCCAUUACCCAUGGAACCGGCAAAUCUCCUACCGACCGUGCAAACGUUACAAAGUGCUCUGAUUAUUGAAAUGCUUCAAUUUGCACGAGAUGAUUUGAGCACCCGACGCCGCAUUCGUAUUAUCCGUCAUCCAUGUCUGGUAUCGACUGUCAGGUCGUUGGGGAUCUUCCAGCUCAAACGGAGUACCAUACCCAAUGUUUGCGACGAAGGUACUUGGAGAAACUUGGUGGCCGAGGAGAUGUGUUUACGGAUUGCUUCCUGGGCAUUCCUUGCAGACGGGUUCCUUACCGUCUGUCUCAAAAACCACCCCGCAAUAUCUAUCUAUGAGAUGAACUGUAACUUCCCGUGGAGUGCCGAUUUGUGGGAAGCUGAAAGUGCGUCCGCCUUCAGCAAAAUUGCUGCAGCACACUCAACAGAGCUUCCACUUCCACCUCUGCGGGAGGUGGCCACUCAGCUUCUCGAAAUCCCCCAAACAGCCCCGAUCUCUUGGAGUCUCUCGAUAUCCGCGGAACAUCUCCUGAUUUUGAUUUAUUCCAUAAACUCUCUCGCCUUCCAGAUUAGAGCAGGCUUACUUCCGUAUUUAUCGAUUGAGAAGAUCAGCCUUGCAGCCGAAAACUGGAAGCGGAUUUGGGAUUCCGUUAUUGGCUCCCUGGACGAUGACCAAUACCAGCAUCUUGGAUACCCCAAGCAUGCCGAGGAGCUUUGGUGGCUACUGAAGGCAACGUUAGAUGUUACCGAGCAAAGUAGCAUCAAGUUCCUAUUUCUUGACAGCACUGCGACGGAUGACAUGGGAAGCCUCAAUGAGUUCAUUCAAUGGUGUCAUCGUAAUUUCUCAUGA